CCGAGAGCUCGAGGGUCACUAGAUCACUAGAACGUCAAAACUCCCAGCACAUCAGUUGGUCAACUGUGUGCAGAAGGACAGUCAAAUGAUGCAUCAAAUGCCCUUUUUCACUCCGUGUGCGUGCUCAGAGCCUGAAGCAAGAAGCUUGGAUGAACAAACAAACCACAGAUGCAGUUCCUGCUAGCUCUGACCGAGCUUUAGAUUUGUUUAAGCUCUUGGUAUGCAAAAGUGUUGAGAUGAAUAAACUGCAGAUACGUCUUCAACUUGGUCCAGGUGUCACCAGAGAGAGCUGUCCAGAUGAGCGUGUAUUUACCUACAAAAAGAGACCAUGAGAGGUCACAGUCACAGAGCUGGACGAACUGCCCGGAAGAGGAGGCAGAAACGCGAAAGCAGCGCCCGGUCAGUGUCUCUGUGUCACCAGCCGCAGCAUGUGAAGCUCUGGAAGUUUCUUCACCACAGAGGAUUUUCCUCCACACUGCUUCAGCCAGCUCUCUUCACUGACACAGGCAGAGGACUGCAGACUCUCAGAACCAUUAAGCCCGGUCAGCUGAUUAUUUCUCUGCCGGAGUCGUGCCUCCUCACAACCUCCACCGUUCUGCACAGCUACCUGGGACGGUACAUCAAGAGCUGGAAACCUCGUCUGUCUCCCCUCCUGGCCCUCUGCAUCUUCUUGGUGUGUGAGCGGCACAGAGGAGAGGCCUCUGAUUGGUUCCCUUACAUCAAUGUGCUGCCCACAGUUUACACCUGCCCCGCCUAUUUCAGCGAUGAUGUCAUGGCUCUUUUACCUGCCAGUGUGCGGAGGCGGGCCUUGGAGCAGAGGGAGGCAGUGAAGGAAAUGCACUCCACCAAUCAGGAGUUUUUCAGGUCCCUGCAGCCGGUUCUGAGUCAGCCCACAGCGGAUGUUUUGACCUAUGAGGCGCUGAGGUGGGCGUGGUUUAGUGUCAACACACGCACCGUCUUCAUGAGCCAUGCUUCAAGCAGCUUCCUGUCAGGACCUGAUAAUUAUGCUUUAGCUCCCUUCCUGGAUCUGCUCAACCAUCGCCCUGACGUGCAGGUAAAAGCAGGUUUUAACGAUGUGACAAGAUGUUAUGAAAUCAGGAGUGUGUCUGGGACUCUGCGCUACCAGCAGGCCUUCAUUAACUACGGUUCCCACGAUAACCAGCAGCUGUUGUUGGAGUACGGAUUUGUCACCACUGCCAAUCCCCACAGUGUGGUCUAUGUGGACACAGAUCUGCUCUGUGAUGUUUUAAGAGGCGACAGAAGUUUGACUCAGAAGAUCAAGUUUCUCAGAGAGAACAGUUUCCUUCAUAAUCUCACUGUGUCCAGUGAUGGCCCCAGUUGGAGGCUGAUGACGGCUCUCAGGCUGUUGUCGUUGCCACAAACACUGUACCACCAGUGGAAGGCAGUGUUGCUCGGCCAGCUGGUGUGUGAGGAGAGAGAGCAGUGGAGCGUCCGGAUGGCUAAGCGUCUCUGUCAGCGACUACUGCAAGACACAUGCAGCGCACUAGAUAAGGUCUCACACCUCCUCCAACAAUGUGAGCAGCCAAUUAGGGAGCAGCUAAAUGUGGUCAAGUCACUGCGGCAGGAAGAGAGGUGCAUCCUGGGAAGCUGCCUCAAGGCACUGGAGGAAUCACUCAGACAUAAUGACAGUCCACUCGGUGCUGUGAACUGACAUCUGAUUGGCCCUCUGAUCUGACAGCUGCUGCAAGAAGUCAAGUGAUUGGCUGAAGCGUUUCCUGUGCUAUGUGUUGACUGAGAAAAGCAAUAGGAUGCUCUGUUACAGGCUCUCAUCACCACCAGCUUAACUGCUCUAAGCAAAAUACUACUACAGAAAGGAUGCAUCUCCAGUUUUAAAUCCGCUAUUUUAUAUAUUUAUUUUUGCUUUAAUUAGUAGUUAGAUUUUGUAUUACACAUUUUAUGAAGCCACCAAAUAUCCCAGCUGCUGUUUAUGUUGUAAUUUACAGCUCAAAGGGACAUAUUUCAAUUUUUAACUCCAUCUUUUUAGUGUUGGAAUCUACUAGAGCAGCUUUGAAUGAUUCAAUAUAAUCCCCGUUUCUGUCAUACUAGGACUUGGUCCUCAAUUUGAUGUUUUAAGUCUAUUAAAACCCCUUUAAGCCAACUUUCUUCUGAUUGGCUGCCCUUCACAAACAGAUGGAUCUGAAACGAACAAACAAAAGAUCUGUUGCAUAAUAAACAAAAAAGCGGCCUUGUUUUUUAAUGAAAUAUGAUUUUAUUGAGUCAGAUGACACCUUGUGCAUUUCUAAACAAACAUUAGGUGAUGAAGAGUGAUCAGAUUUUAAUGGAUAUCACUGGCUCUGGGAAAAGAGUUUCUUCUGCAGUGUGAAGUAAAACUGUCCAGGUGACUCUGAAACUCAAGCAGUUAAUGAUUGAGCGCCUUUUUUCCUGUUGUUAUCAUAUUAUUGGGCCUGAAACAGAUCAUAGUUCUGUGUUAACAAGUAAACAGUGACUGAUUGGAACAGAGUGUCACUGCAGAGAGAAGUGAUCCAGCUGAGCUGUUUUCUUUUAUCUCUGCAUAAUGUGAUUAGUUAGGUCAGAGCUGAACAACAGCCUUCGUCUUUGGGUGACGCUGGACAGUCUCCAUGGCAACUGUGGCUUCAUAGAGGGGGACUGCUUCCUCGGGCUGAGGCCUGCAGAGAGACACAAGGUGAAUUUGAUCAGAGACCCAUUAGAGUCUAAUUUUAGAACAAUCUGAAUCCCCAAAUCCAUGAAAUAACUACGGUCUGUACCAACAUGUCAUUUGUCUUUUAAACUAAAGGCUUAUUAAAUUAAACAUUUACUUCUUAACCUUAAAAGAAUGGUAGGCUAUUAGCAAUCAUUCCAGUCUUCUUCACCCAAAGCAGGUUUGACACCCCCGCACUAAACUGGAAACUAAACUUCUGCAAGUGCUGUUACAGCAGAAGUCUAAUGUUAAAAAUAAUGAGAUAUUUCAUCCAGAUGCAGACAGAUUAGGCGAAUUCCAGAGCUGUCAAAAAUAGAAGAAGUCUGCCUUGGACAUGUGAAAGGGAAAGGCCUACCUUCUAUAUGUUCUAUAUGUUAUAAUUUAUUUAAUGUCUGCUUGUAAAGAUUUAGCAAUAAACAAAUUAAAUGCCUGGAGAAAAAAAAAAAAGCAUACAAGAAGACAGAGGUGAAACAAACUGUUUUUGUGCAUUUAAAUAGGCUUCAUUCCAAACAAAUACACCAUUAAAGCUAAUUCAAUAUCAGUGGCUAAUGAGGACAUAUGUCCCCUGUGAAACUUCAUCACACCUCUGGUAAUGUUCCAAACAUAUGUACAAAUUGUCUAAGCUGCUGGACUUGGGACUUCUGCAUGUUUGUGGGAAUCAUAUGUGAGCAUCCUGGAAAGUUGACCUCGUGUUAAAAUGUGGAUUUGUGUACUUUAUCUAAGAUAGUAUGAUCCCACUGAGAAAUGUCAUCCAGCACUCCUUAAACUAGAUUUUGAGGUUACCUGAGUACUCCGCUUGACAUCUUCUCCACGAUAUCCUUCAGAAUAUCUGCAAAGGUCAGUUAAGGCUUCAGAAAUGCACAUUACAGAAUUAUGGUUUUAGAUUAUAUGCUGCAAGAACAGGAUACGGAGGUAUCUUCCUUGCUGCGAUUAUGAUGCUGUCCAGACUUCAGGGUUGAGGAAGGACACAGAGGCUGAUUUUAAAUAAAGUAAUCUGCAAUCUGGAGGAUCCAACUGCAAAUACACAGAGACACAGAGAGGUGAGGAAAGUGAUACUGAAGACAGACCAGACUGAGCUGCAUUCAGAUGCUUUAAAGCCAGAGAGGUUAUUUCUGUUCAAAUAGUAAUAAUAAACUAUGAAGUUAUCAAUUUAUGAUGCCGCUGUUGAGUCUGACCCCAGCUCACCUGCAGGUCUUGGUGGGAUGUAACCCAGUGGCUGCCCACUCCCAGCACACUGAUGAUGUCAUGUUUGUGUGGAAGUAAUUUCUUCUCUUCUGACUCCACUUCCUCCUCCCCUUCAUGCAGACGAACUACACACACACAUACACAUACACACACAAACAUACACAAAGGUCUUUUCUAAUGUGUCUGAUUUGUGCCUCUUCAUCCUGUCUGUGACCAGACCUCUGACUGCAGCACCUUGAAGGAUGCAUCAAUGAAGGAUGGAGGAGAGUCAUGAGAGGAGCACAGGUGUGUCCACGACGUAUAAAACAGGUGCACGACACAGUCUCAAUAUACGAGCUGUGGCAGGAAGUCUUUAUGUUACAGAUAUUUUAGUCAUUCCAUCACAACUCAUCAAAGGUGCCUUGUUGAGUGGCUGUAAACAUCUGCAAAACUGAAGUUUUGCAUGAUUGGACAUCCAGAUAGUGUAGAAACUUCAAGUAUCUAAACUAGAAGGAGAAGAUGUGAGGAAAAGCAAUUUUAUUUUUUUACCUCCAGAGUCAACAACGAUAUCCACUCCCAGUCCUCCCGUCUCCUCCAUAACCGCCGACAGCAGUUCUGAUGAGCUGUUAUACACUGGAAUAACUCUGGCUUCACACAUAAACACACAUAUAUGAGAGAAUGAGUCACUGCAGCUCAGAAAACAUUUAAAACUGAGAAACCGACUGAGUUGUGUGUAAUUCUACUCUGAUCACAUUUAAUUUGCAAACUGCAGUUUUCACUAACGACCACAUGAUGGCAGCAGAUUUUAGCUGAAAUAAUUAUUUCUGCAAAACUAGAAAAAAAUAUUACUAAUGGCUUAUCUUCCCAUAAAUAGAAUUACAGCUCAAACACCAAUGACAGUUAUGUUACUAAUCAAGCUAGGAAGCAAGGCAAGUCAGUGGGGAAGAGAGGAAAAGAGCUCACCUACUAAGGGAUCCUGAACACCUGAGGAGAAUAUGAAGGUGAGGAGAGGACAGGAUGCAGAGAUGAAAACAGGUUGGAAGCAGAGUAUGUGAAUAUGAAAGGAAUGACAAGAAAAGGCCAGUUUCGGUAUCUCAAAAUGUGAUUUUGGAGAACAUUUCAAAGAUCAUCAUCAAGUUUUUCAAUGCGAGCUACAGAAAUGUCAGCGUGGGUCGGUACGCACCUACGCUGGGCCGAAGCUGCUCCAGGAAAGUGUGAUUCUGUGGCGAGUGUGACGUCGUCAGCACCUUCGCCCCGUGGUAACAAGCCAGCUGGAUACACAUGAGGCCAAAAGACUUCGCAGCAAGAGGGAUGAGAUCAUUACUCGUGCGUGCAAUCAAACUAGAGCUUUGCUUUACAAGGUCGCACACAGUUUAUAUUUUGAGUGUUUUUACGUACGCUGGCUCCGUCCGUGACCAGGAGCGUGUGUCCGGCCGCCAUACGAGCAUGUGUGUGCAGAGCAGUGUAAGCGCAAAGGCCGUCACGCAGCGCUGCUGCCACACACACCGAGCUGAGCUUCUCUGGCUUCUGAACU